GAUUCUCGCGCUUUGCUUUUUACCACAUACUGCUUCUGUCAAAUGCAGCCAGCCAGCUUGAGAAAUUACAAGGUGCUCGGCCUCUGACCAUGCUCUUCGCAAACGCGGGACUGGCCCGUUGUUAAACUAGUCAAACCUGUCUUAUCAUGUAUAGUAUCAGCUAUCACUUACGUAUUACGAGGCACUAAGGGUCUCAGCCUGAAAACUGGCCUGAAAAAUGUUUCAGUUCGCACACGGCAGCGCAGCGAGUGGAUAUGGCUUAGGAAGUAGGUACAAUGCCCCAGCAUCAGCGAACACAGGGCUAAACCUGUGUCCAUGCGGCAUACCGCAGACCCAGCCUCGCGCCGCUCGGACUGCUGGCCGCCUUGGCCGCCUUGCCCCCUCGGCGACCACUGGCGGUGUGGCCCGCGGCCUGGCGUGCAGCUCCGCAACCAGCUACCCGGCGGCGGCAGUGCUCAGCGGCGGCGGCCCCCACCUUGCCGCCGCCGCCCCUUCUGCCACAGGGGCUGGCGGCGGUCUGCGGCAGCUACUGCCGCUAGCCGCCUGGGCCCGUCAAACCGCACAGGCCCCCGCCACUGCCUCACCUGCAGCAGCCGGGGCGCGCAGCUGUCUCCUGCAGCCGGGGCGGCGCGCGCAGCAGCAGGUGCUGGCGGCUGCGGGGAGAUACGGCAGUGACAGGAGCAGUGACAGCAGCAGCAGCAGCGGGCGUGGCUACAUCAGCGGCAGCCGCAGUAGCAGUGACGGUGGCGGAAGGGUGGGCAGGGGCAGGGCAGGCGGAGGCCGUUGGGCUGGCGGCGGCGGGCGUGGCACUGGAAGGACGGGCGGUGGCGGCGGUGGUGGCGGCGGCGGCAGGGCGCGGGACCCCGCAGAUGACAUGACCAUGUGUCGGACUCUGGAGGCCCUGCAAGCAGUCAUUGAUCGGCGGCUGGCAGUGUGGUCAGAGCGGCAAGACGUGAGCACCAUGUCAGCUGCCUUCGGUCGGUGUGGCAAGCUGGAGUCAGCAUGCGCCGGCGGGCCGGCCGCCACAGCCGCUGCCCGUGCCGGCAUCAUGGCGGCCCUUGCGCCUGCUCUUCUUCCGCUCGUGCCGCGCAUCCGCCAGCCGGUCGGCUGCAGCCUUCCGCUGUGGGCACUGGCAAGGGCUGGGGCUGCCAGCGACGGGCAUGUGGAGUCACAGCUGGCGCCGGCACUGCUGCAGCGGCUUGUGGAUCCUGUGUUGCUGGAGGCGGCGAAGCCGCAAGAGCUGUCGAACGCGCUGUAUGCCCUGGGCAAGCUGCGGGAGCAGCAGCAGCAGCGGGGCUCGGGCUGGGACCCCACCUCAUCGCCGCACCUGAACGCACUGACAGGCGCUGUGGCCUCGCGUCUACGUGCGGCGGAGGGGCACGGCUUCAACGCGCAGAACGUGUCUAACAGCCUGUGGGCGUGUGCGAAGCUGGGGUACCGAGACUCAGACCUUCUGCUGCCGUUGGUAGAGGCGGCCGCAGCCCUUGCCCGGGGCAUGAAUGCGCAAGAUGUGGCCAACAGCCUGUGGGCUCUAGAGGUCCUUGGCUGCACCGGACCGGCGUUUCGGGCAGGGCUGGAGACGCUGUGUGGUGCGGCGCUGCGGCAGCUGCGAACACCGAAGGAAGCUGAAGCGUUCAAGCCGCAGCACCUGUCCAACAUCCUGCUGGCGCUGGAGGGGCUGCAGCUGGGUGGCAAACAGUCUGAACUGCUGGCGGCUGCUGUGGCUGCAGAGUGCGUGCGGCGGCUGCGAACACUGAAGGAAGCUGAGGCGUUCAUUCCGCAGCACCUGUCCAACAUCCUGCUGGCGCUGGAGGGGCUGCAGCUGCGAGGCAAGCAGUCCGAGCUGCUGGCGUCAGCAGUAGCCACAGAGGGCGUGCGGCGGGGCUUUGCACGCUUUGAAUCGCAAGCGCUCAGCAACUCGGCGUGGGCCCUGGCUAAGAUGGGGUAUGGGGCUGGUUCACCGUCGGAAGCCAUGGAGCAGCGCCAGUGGUACGCGGCCGCGGUCGCAGCAGCUCAGCGGCCUGGGGUCAUGGCCAGCGCCAAGCCGCAGGCGUGGGCCAACCUGCUGUACGCGCUUGCAUUGGUGCGGCACCAGCCGCCACCCGUGCUGCUUGACGCGGGUGCCGCGGCGGCGAUGCAACGAGGAAAUGGGCAGGAGUGUGCAAACACGCUUUGGGCGCUGGCGGUGAUGCGGCUGCGUCACGCCGGCUUGGAGGCGGCGGUGUGCGGCCGGCUGGGUGAGCUGCUGCGGCUAGGCCCGGAGUCGCUUGCUGUACAGGAACUUUGCAACAGCCUGUGGGCGCUGGCGGUUCUGGCAGGCGGCGGUGGCCCUGCUAGCCCGGCUGCAACUGCGCUGGCCCCGGCGCUUGCCCGUGAGGCCGUGCGGCGCCGUGAGGGGCCUCAGAACGGGGGGCUAUGUCAGCUCUGGCAGGCGCGACAGGAGUUGGGCGGUGAGGUGGCGGAGGCUCUUGCCCGCAGCCCCGACCUGAAUGCCGCGAUGGAGGCGGCGGUAGCUGCCGAAUGGGCGACCAAGUCGAACACCAGCAGCACGCAGGAGCAGGUUGCGGAGGCGCUUAAGCGACUGCUGCAGAAGGGUCGCCUGCCCAUUGUGUCAGUGGAGACGGAGGUGGUAGUGGAGGGCGUGCUGGGGCGUGCGGAUAUUGUGGCGGGCUGGAGCGACGGGCGGAGAGUGGCCAUUGAGGUGGACGGGCCGGACCACUUUCUCACCAACCGCAAGGACGACCCUUCCGCGGUAGACGGAUCCACGGCCCUGCGUAACCGGCAGCUGCGGCGAGCGCUAGGGGAGGGCAGGCUGUUGUGUGUGCCGUACUGGGAGUGGUACGGUUUGAGGACGCCUUCCGCUCAGGAGGCCUACCUGCUGCAGCAGCUGCAGGAUGUGCUAUUUGGCGCGUCGUCAGGAGCAGCAGCAGGGGAAGGCAUAGCCGCCGCCCCUCGCCGGCAGCAGCAGCGGACGACUCAGCCGCAGCCGGACGUUGCCGGCAGCACCACCACCACCACCGCCAGCACCAGCGACACCGCUGGCAGCAGCCAGAAGAGGCGCGUCCUCUUUGUCCGCAGGAAGGCGCCAAAGCAGGAGGAGGCGGCCGGCAGCGGAGGGGCGGGAGGGGCCUCGGGUGCAACAGCAACUGCAGCGGCGGGGGCUGAGUUGGUGGCGCCUGCCGGGCAGCGGCAAGCGGUGGAGGCGCAGCGGCUUCCCAACAGUGGCGCUGGUGGCGGUGCUGGCGAGGGCGGAGGAGACGGAACUCCUCUGGCGCCGCAGCCACCACCACCGCAGCGGCAGCGCGUGUCAGCGCCCCGGGCGCGCCGCAACAGCAGCCAAAGCCGUAGCCGCAGCAGCCAGGCGGGCUCGCCUCUUCCUCCUCCUCCUUCUCCGGUGAAAGCCCCGCCGCCGGAGCAGGUGCAGGCGGCAGCGCCGCCCCGGCGGGCCGCGGGUGAGAAGCGGACUGAGCGGAAAGCAGCGGCGGCUCCGGCAGCAGGUGGCGGUGGCGGCGGUGGCGGCGGCAGUGACCCCGGGGCGGUGGUGGUGCCGGCCGCGGUCUCUGAGAAGCAGGUGGCGGUGGUGGCUGGGGAGGAGGGCUCCACGGCAGCAGCUGUAAAGGGUGGUGAUGGUGGUGGCAGCGGCGGGGAUGGGGGCCUGCCCGCGGGCAGCAGGCGGAGGCGGGCGGUGGGGACCGGCAGGCGUGCGGCCUCGUCAAGCCUAGCAGCAGCGACUGAACAAAUGAGGUUAGAGCAGUGACCUGGGUUAGUGGUUGCGGCGCCAACAUGCACACGUCUUGUCAUUUGCGUUCUAUUAUGCCUUGUGUCUUUUCCCAACGCACGUGUGUGUGGAAGCACUGACUGCAAUAUGCUACGGCGCGCCGCGACGGCGGGCUUUGGCUUUGUGUUCCGUGUGUUUGGCGCGGUGCCCAGUACGGUAGGUAUCUGUGGGGACCGGCAGGUAAGUGAAGGUACGGUAAGUAAACUCGCGUGUCUUUCACUGAUAUCAUGGAGACUAUGCGAGCUGACGCUAAUCUGUAAUGGCCAAGGCUU